AUGGCUGCUCACUGGAUCCUACAUUUGGCACUGCUCCUCUUAUCCAUGUCCUCUCAGCAGGUUCUCGCGGCGAGGCAGCAGGACCGUCAUACCAUCAGCGUCCAGUCUCUGCUGUCUAGCUCGAUAUGUUCUUCGGCAUCUGCUGUUCCAGUGUCUCGUCAUGGAGCAGCUGGAAGCACCCUCCAAAUCGUCCACCGCGCGUGCCUGCAAACCGGCGACCACGAGACAGUGCCGGACCACCACUACACUACUGCCAUCCUGCACCGAGACCGCCACCGAUUCCUGUCCAUCCACCGGCGCCUCACCAGGGCGGAGACCAAAGCCACCACCAUCCCCGCCCGUCUCGGCCUCGCCUUCCAGAGUCUCGAGUACGUGGUCACCAUCGGCAUCGGAACCCCACCGCGCAACUUCACGGUCCUCUUCGACACCGGCAGCGACCUCACCUGGGUGCAGUGCCUGCCGUGCCCCGACACCUCCUGCUAUCACCAGGAAGAGCCCUUGCUCGACCCGAGCAAGUCUUCCACCUACGUCAACAUCUCGUGCAGCGCGCCGGAGUGCCACAUCGGUGGCGCCCAGCAAACCAGCUGCGGGAGGACCUCGUGCCAGUACAGCGUCAAGUAUGGCGACAAAUCCGAGACUAGGGGUAGCCUUGCCGAGGAGACUUUUACUCUGUCGCCGCUAGCGCCGCCUGCCACCGGAAUCGUGUUUGGGUGCAGCCAUGAGUAUAUUUCUGGCUUCAACGACACGGACAUGGGUGUCGCCGGUCUGCUUGGUCUAGGGCGGGGCGACUCGUCCAUCCUCUCGCAGACACGCCAGGGCAACAGCGGCAGCGGCAGCGUGUUCUCCUACUGCCUCCCUCCACGCGGGAGCUCCACGGGAUACCUCACCAUCGGCGCCGCCGCUCCUCCGCAGUCGAAGCUGUCCUUCACGCCUCUGAUAACCACUAUCUCUCAGCUGAGCUCUGCGUACGUGGUGAGCCUCGCCGGCAUCUCCGUCAACGGCGCGGCCGUGCCUAUACCGGCGUCGGCUUUCUCCCUGGGGGCGAUCAUCGACUCCGGCACGGUGGCCACGCACAUGCCGGCCGCCGCGUACUACCCGCUGCGCGACGAGUUCAGGCGCCACAUGGGCGGUUACAAGAUGCUGCCGGAGGGGUCCUUGGAAUUGCUGGACACGUGCUACGACGUGACGGGGCAGGACGUCGUGACGGCGCCGCGGGUGGCGCUCGAGUUUGGUGGCGGCGCGAGGAUCGACGUGGACGCGUCUGGGAUUCUAUUUGUGUUCCCGGUAGCAGAUGACUCAGGGCCAUCCCUGACGCUCGCGUGCUUGGCCUUCGUGCCCACGAAUUCGCCGGGUCUCGUCAUCGUCGGUAACAUGCAGCAGAGGGCGUACAACGUCGUGUUCGAUGUGGAUGGAGGGAGGAUUGGCUUCGGACCAAACGGAUGCAGUUGA